CCACUUCCUGUAGAAAGUCUGAAACUGAAACUCUACUGAUGUUUGAGCUUUAGUGGGAAGUAAAUUGAUAAAAAUCAACAGACGUAUAAUAAUAGCUGAUAAUUGAUCAAAAUGUCUAUCAGCUUGUGGGUUUUCACUGCGCUGUUCACCAGUAUGGAGGAUCUAGUGAAUGGUGAAGAGAUCAAGACUGCGAUGGAGGGAGAUGUUCUCGCUUUACAAACAACACACACCGAGAGUCUCAGCGAAGUGACAUGGCUGUUUGAACGAGGCGGUCAAACUGUUCGUAUCGCACAGAUGUAUCAGGGAUAUGAACCAUUUUAUGAGGAAACACGAACCGGAAGAGUGAAGAUGAACCCAAAGACUGGAUCUCUGAACAUCUGGAACAUCAGCAGCAGUGACUCCGGACUUUAUCACGUUUAUCUUCACAGUGAAUAUGUCUCAGAGAAACGCUUCAGAGUGGACGUUUACAGGCCCGUUUCUGUACCUGUCAUCAGGUCUCCAGCUGGUCUAAACCAAACUCUAGGUUUAUCAAAGAUGGAGGAAACGUGCUCCGUGUCCUGCUCGGUGAGAAACGACCGAGACGUGUUCAUCUCGUGGUACAAAGGAGGUGAACUGUUGAACCGGACCAGCGAUCCUGAUCUCAACAUCAACCUCAGUUUACCAUUAGAGCUUCAUCAUGAUGAUCCGGAGAUCUACAGCUGUACAGCAACAAACCCGGUGAACAACAAAACCGUCCGUCUUCACAAAGACAUCUGCCCACGACAGGAAGGUUGUGUGGAUCGCUGCGGGGUCACCGAGGCUCUGGUUCGUCUGGUUCUGUCUGGUCUGGUGGGAAUCUUCACCAUCGUGUUUCUGCUCGAACAUCUGAGCUCCUGCUCGUCUCUGAGAAGAGCUGCUGCUUCUGCAUGUUGACUUUUUCUAUCAGACAUCACAAUGGCAGCCUCAGCCCUUAUGGUUGUUUUUUUAAAAGCAUAUAAUGUUGUGUACUUGUUUUUUCUAGUCAUCCUUUUAUGUCAUUAAGGUUCAGGACCCUGUAGCAUCAACAUUUAUUUAAAAUAUCUGAUAACUUGAGCACCCAAGAUAGUCCAGGUUGUAUAAUACUUGUUUACGAUAUGUUAUUUACUGGACUGACCUCCACUGCUGGUUGAGUUGAGAGGACUGUUCUCUGGAAAACUGCACCAUCAUUACCAGCAUUACUUUGUAGCUUCUGUAGAGAGAUCAGGAUGUUAGGAUUUAAAUCACAAUCAACAACCACUGCACAUAAACAUUUGUAACACCAAAAUAAUAUUUAGACCAAAAAACAGAAUAAUCAACAAUGACUGAAACAUUGAUGAUCUACCUCUCAAGGAAACUUAAUGUUAAAUUCCCCCAAAACAAAACUGCAUUGUAAAAUGCAUAGCCUUAACUUUACCAUAUAUAAAUGUUACAAUAUACAUAAAGAACAUGAGUGCUGCCUAAUUUAUUUAACUGGCCUAACAAUACUUGCCUUUUUGCAAUGCAGUCGAUAAUCAGAAGAAAUAACAGAAACAAUCACUGCAAAGGCAACAAUGUUUAUUUGUUUUAGGCUGAUUGUCUGGGAUGUGUCUCUUCAGCAGUUUCCAUUGACUACAGAAAAGAGCAGAUAUGACAAAUGAAUGGUUCUAGGCUCAGACAUCUGUUAGACAUCUGUUAAUUUUAAGCGAAAUAGUUAUUGUUUUGACCAAUGGGUGCUGCCACCAAACUGAUCUGGUGUGAUCAGUGUUGGGUGGCAUGAGUCAAGGAAUCAAAGGAAAGAGUUAAUUUUGUUGCUUGCCCUUUAUGGUUAAAAAGUUAAGAACAUAAACACAAGACAACUUUUACAGUUUUAACUGUUAUUUUGGACAACAAUGGUGGCAUUCUAAAGGCUGAGAUAGAAACUAUUGCUAUAUCUAAUAUUGAGACUGUCUUCUAUGUGUGUGCCAAAUCUAAGAACAGUCCAGCUAAACAAUCGGGGCAUCGGAUUCCUAAAAAUAUGCAAAUAUUUACAUUUGUUACUUUUAGCAGACACCUAGUCUGUAGAUAUAGGUUAUUAAAUGUACACAAAAUGGCUACAGACUAGCCAAAAUGGGACUAGGUUAAAUUUCAGUUAACUAGUUUCACAGAUUUGAAUCUGUGAAGUACGAGGACCCCUGCUGGAAAAAAAGGGCUGGUCUUAGCUGGUUUGAGCUGGAAGUAGCUGGUUUUAGUUGGGGUUUUUUUCAGCAGGGUACACGGAAACAUAGAAAGAGCUUGAUUUGAGUACUGCUUAAUGGUUUGUUUUG